AUGGCAUAUACAGAUGAGAUACAGCUAUACAAGACCAAGUUAGAUGCACUUCUAGCGAAAAAGUAUAUUGACCAGUCGUUAUUGAUUGGGGUUACAGCGUCGUUGCAGGCCAAGUUCCAUGGGUGGAUCGUUACUGAUUUGGAAAGGUACCGAAACAACUUGGGACAGCCUUUCCGUACGAUAGAUUUGUUUGAGACGUUAUGGGUUGAAUUCCAUUCGCCGAUUAUCAAGUUUUUCCAGCAGCAGCAUGGGUUAGUGUUUGAAGGAAUUAAUGAGCACUUGAAAGAGUGUCAGCGAGAAGGCAAGCCAGGGAGUUUUAAGGUUAGACCGGUUGAGAUGCGGAAGAUUAACGAGAGUUUUAUCAAGUUUAUCAAAGAAGUGUUUGGGUUUUACUCAAAGUUGUUAAAGUAUUUUGUUACCCAUUAUAGGAAUGCAUACUUGCCGAGGAAGUUUAUGGAGCCGUUUGGGUUUGUGGUUGAUGCACUGGCAGUUUAUUGUGAUGACGAUAAUUUCCAAGCCAAUGUGUUGUACCUUGUGCAUAGGUGUUGUUUGUCAUUGGGGGAUAUACACCGCCACCGGACUUUUAUUGAGACGAGUUUUGUUACGCCUUCUUCUUCCAACAGAGAGUAUUUCCGAGUACGCUCAACUACCGACAAGACGUUUUUGUUGCCGGCGUACGCCAAGGCGUUGCAGUAUUACCACUUGUGUAUUAUGUUGUUACCGGCGUUGAAUGAGCCGUACAACCAUAUUGGGGUGAUUUAUAAUUUAGUCGACGAGAAGUUUACGGCAGUGUACUGGUUUUUGCGGUCGCAGUUUACGCGGAUCCCGGAUUAUAAGUUGGGGCACGCCAACAUGACCAAGAUCUUGCAGAAACACUGGUUUACGACGGCGUUGGUCGAUAUUGUGAGGGCGAGCCCAGAAAGACAUUUCAGUGCAACGACCAUUAUGAAUGUAUAUUUGGUGUGUUUGAUUGGGUAUGUGUAUUGUCCAGAGAGGUAUAAGAGCGGGCCCAAUAUAGUCAAGAAGAUUGCGUUUUCCAAGGUUGAGACGGACUUUUUCAAGAUGUUGGAGAAGAAUUUUGAUGGGGAGGUAGUGUUGCGGCAGCUUGUGGUGGCGUUUUCGUUUUUAAAGUUGGAUCGCCAAGAGAAGUUGGUCAAGUUUACGUUUCGGUUUGUUGAGCGGGUGUUGGAUUGUUUGAGGAGGAAGGAGUCGUUGGUGGUUCUACGGUUUUUAUUGAAUGUGUUGAGAGAGAACCCCGAGUUUUUGGGCGUGUUUCAGGCAAGGAGGAACUGUAUGGUGUACUUGUGUGGAGUGUUGAAUAAGUACUACCAGGUGGUGGAUCACCGGCCGACUCGAGGGUACUAUUUCUGGGAGGAUGUACAUUUCCGGGACUUUUCGUUGAUCAAGUACCAGUUUAAGGAUUUCAACGAUGAAGAGAUAUUUGCGGUGAAUAAUGUAGAUGUGUUGGUGGGGGACCAUGCUCUUGUUGGUGAGGUAGAUGAGGAUGAUUUGCGGGCGAAGGCUCUGGUUUGUCUUGGAAAGAAGAUACUUGGAGGGGCCCAAGAGUACGAGUUUAAGGAGGAUGGCCGGUUUAGUAUUAAGAAGAGGCAGGAGAAGGCGGCAGUGGUGGUACCCCAGUCGUUAGAGGAGAUCCAACUGUUUAUCACCAACCAGGCGAAGGAACUAUCUAUGGAUAUUGACCAGGGAUUACAAGAUAUGGUUAAUGCGUUGGUUGAGGACUAA